CGCUGGCGACGACACCGCCUAGUGAGCUCCUCAUGACGUCGUGGCCACCGCUCGCAUCUACAUUGUCCCGACCGCUCCUUCUCUGCUGGUACGCCAAAGACAGCAAUAGCAAAGUCGCAAAGACGCUCGCUGCAAAUACGGGGUUGCAGCUGAUGACCGUUGAUGCGUGCGUCGAUCGGUGUGUCAAGCUGAGCGAGCGCGGCAAGCCAGCUGCGGGUGAGAAGCCGUUGCCCCUUGAAGUGGAAAUGGCGGCGCUCGGCACCAAGAUGACGCAGGCGCGGGCCAAAGGCGGAGUGAUCCCGGACGCUGUCGUGUCCGAUAUGGUAUGCAAAGCGCUCGUGCACGUCUUUACACAAGCCGACGCGGCGACGUUUCUCGGCGUGAUCCUUCUCAACUACCCUCGCUCCAAAGAGGAAGCCAAAGCGUUCGAGGUCGAGAUGCUGAAGCGUUUCCAUGGUCUCUCGGACACCGAGCUCGCCCUUCGAAGCACGCAGCUAGUCGCAUCCUGGGACGAGAAGGUUGUCGUCACGGAGGGCGCGCCACUCUCGAGCAUCGACUGGGCGCUUUUCCUCGACGCCAGCACCGACGCGCUGACGUGGACGACGACGACGGCAGCGCUGACUGCAUUCUGGAAGCCGCUUGGCUGCGCCUUCACGUUGAACACUACGACGACGCCCGCGCUGGCGCUGGACGAGACGCUGCAGGCGCUGCUUCGGCUGGCGCCAGACGCGCAUCAUAUCUUGCUUGCGACCGACCCGGACAGGUUUGUAUCGGCGCUGACAGCGAUGAAAAACGACCGCCGACGGACGAUGACACACCCGGAGCUCCUCGUCGUGCGCGAUCGAUGCGGCGAGCACUCGCUGCCGUGGGAAUCGCUCCGGGAUCUCGACGACGCGGUCAACUACCACGACGUGGAGCAGUGUCAAGUGGAUCGUGUGCGGGCGCUCCAAGCCUUCUACGAGAGUUUGCAGAGCUUUUCGAGGCCUUUUCUGCGUCUCCGCAAUCAGUUUCUCGCCGUCUUGGAUGCCAACACGUCCCAGCAGACCGUCAUUGACGCCGCGUUGCAGGAUCUUGCCGCGCCUCGGACGUUUGCCUCGCCCAACGAGCGCCGCGAACAUGUCCGCCGACGCGUCAUGGCGCUGGAAGUGGACCUCGGCGACCUUGUCGACGCCGUUCGAGGCCCCGCCAACGCCUUUCUGCAGUCGCCCGAGACGUGGCACUUGUCAGUGGACGUGUUCCUCAAAAGUGUGGUCACCUGGGCGACGGCGCUGCUUCGCACAGAAAAGAAGCAGCUGCUGCGACGUCUCCGGCACUUGACCUCGUAUUUCGAGCUGGUAGACCCCAUCGCCGCCGUGUCGUCAACAGAGAACGACGCUGGCAUGCAUGUGGCCUUGGACGCGCUGCAGGCAUUUCCGCCAACGUCGACGCUGCACGAUGCACUUGAUGACAUCGUCGGCGACGUUGUCUCCAGCGCAUCAUCGGCCGGCAGCUCUCUGCAAUCGUACGUUCUCGAUACCGAGCGCGCGUUGUUUCUGCGCCGGUGCAUCGGUGUCGUUCGCUUCGCCGACAACGUGGCACGCCGGGUGGCCGGCGCCGUCGACGCAGAAAAGACGAGCCUCGACAAAGCGCUGGUGGAGUUUGUGCACCAGGAUUUUCGCCAUAUUGCCCAUGUGAUCGAGGCCCUUCGCGCGAUUCGAGACGCGUCCACACCAGCAAAAGUGUGCUGGCCGCGCCUGCAGUCGCUAACAACACCGCUCGAUGGCCACGGCGUGCACAUGGCUCACCACAAGUGCUUUUUAAGCGUGCACCACUUGCGUUGGAUCGUCCGCGCGCUGCAGGCAGCGACAAACAACAGCCAAGGACAGCCGCUGUCGGUCUCCGCGUUCACAGCAAGCAUCGUCCAAGUGGCCACUGCGCAGUUGCUACCGCCCGUCUGGACGUCGUACCCGGCGGUGGCCAACAUGGCGGUUGCGUUUGCGACGGCCGAUGCCGUCGACUGGCGCCGCCUGCUGCUCUCGCUCGCAAUAGCACAAAAGCUACCCGUGCCUGACGUCCGGGACCUCGAAACGCUCUGUGGGCACUGGCGCACCCGUCGGACGCUGGACGCCGUCGUCGACAAGGCGGCGUUUUUGAGUGCGCCACUGUGGUGCCACGACUCGGCGAUCCAGCAUCUGCUGCACGAGUUGUUUGCAGACGCGGCGACGGGCGACGUGGCGGUCGUUCCGUUCCUCUUGCACAUGUGUGCCUCGAGCCACCCGCUGGACGUGCUGCCGCCGUGCCAUGCCAGCUUGGCUCGCUUCUCGCGGGGCGUUGCCAAAGCCACGUAUGUCUUGGACCACUGGCCACCCAUGAACGAGAACGCAGGUGACGACCUGGCGUCGGUUCCCGCACUGCUCCACGCGUUCGCUGGUGUCCAUGUGCCCGAAAGUGACGACCCUUCGGUGGCUUUGGUCGACGCACACGCGCUGCAAUCCAAGUUUGCGCUGCUCAACCCCUACGUCUACUUGGUCGAGCACGAGGAUGCAUCGUCAUAGUGCCUUCUCGAAGGUUCCACGACUUACUUUAUACCUGUUGUAAUACAUCAUCAUACACAA